AAUGAGGACAAGCAUACCACCCUGAAGCAGAAAAAGUAAAAAGUAGAAAGUAAAAAUUAAAAAGGAGACUAUUUUGGGCAAGUGUAGUAAUAAUGGACCUCGGCGACUUCUGUCUUCUUCCAUUUUCUUUUUCUUCAGACAAGACAAUAAAACCAAACCACCUCUUCUUCCGUAACAACAAAGUAAUCUUUGGAGAAGAGAAAACCCAUAUCCCAAAUUUGUAUGUAUACAUAUAAAAUAUAUUUUUGAUUUUGUUCAAGAAACGAAAAAGGGUUUUUGGGUUUUUGAUUAUGGUCAAUUGAAUUUUGAUUAUUUGAAAAGUUAUAUACUUUUUCAAUAAAAUGGAAUUGGUUGAUCAGUCUGAAUCUUCUCCUUUGGUUCCUCCUCCUUCUGUGAUUACUGACCCUAGUGAGAUAGAUCUUGAAGCUGGUUCUGGUGAACAAAUUCAGUGUAGAAUUUGCCUUGAGACUGAUGGUAGGGAUUUUAUUGCACCUUGCAAGUGCAAGGGUACAUCAAAGUUUGUUCAUAGGGAAUGCCUUGAUCAUUGGCGCGCGGUGAAAGAAGGAUUCGCAUUUUCUCAUUGCACAACUUGCAAAGCUCCCUAUUAUUUGCGAGUUCAUGUUCCCACUGAUAGAAAGUGGCGAACUUUAAAGUUCCGAUUCUUUGUGACCAGAGACAUUUUGUUCAUCUUUGUUGCAGUUCAGCUUGUUAUAGCCUCACUGGGAUACUUAGUGUACUUGAUUGACACCUACCACAAGUCUUGGUUGCGUUUGACAUGGGGGUUUGAUAGCGAACUAAGCUUCUACUACCUAUGCGGAGCACUGUUAUUUUUUGCGCUUCUAGGCCUAUCUGGUUGCUUCAUCACCUGUUAUGAUCGAAGAGUGCGCAAUGAUUUGGCUCAACCCUGCCGCGAACUGUGCCUUUGUUGUUGUCAUCCUGGAAUAUGUGCAGACUGUCAUUUGCCUGGUACACUUUGUAUGUGGACUGAUUGCACAACAUGCUUUGAAAGUUGUGCUGGUGCAGCCAGUGAAUGUGGAGGUUGCUUAGGAGGUGCCGGUGAAGCUGGCUUGCCACUAAUAUUUAUUAUGGCUUUAAUUGUGCUAGGACUGUUUACUGUCAUUGGCAUAUUUUACAGUGUUUUGGUUGCUACUAUGGUUGGACAGAGAAUAUGGCAGAGGCACUACCAUAUACUUGCAAAAAGAAUGCUGACGAAGGAAUAUGUUGUGGAGGAUGUCGAUGGUGAGGUCAACGGAAAUGAUUGGUCUCCACCAGCUCUGCCACCGGAGCAUGUUCAGCAGCUGAAAUCACUUGGACUUAUGUAAAUCUUUUGAGGAUUUUGACAUAAAAGGAACUCAUAUUAUUGGGGCUAACCUCAUGUAAUUUAGCAUAAGCAGUUAAAAGAUCUUUAUACAAUCCUACCCUCUUCAAACCCUACUCGUGGGAUUAUAUAGGGUAUGUUGUUGUUGCUGUAGUGUGACCUGCAAGUAGGGGUGUGCAAAAAUUGAACUGACCAAUAAAUCGAACCGAUAAAAAUGUUAUUGUUUUAUUGUUA